CACCUCUACGCUCUACAUGAUUGCAUGUGGAUGGUGCUUGAAGAUGGACCGUUAAAAAUCCAAAUGGAGAAUCCUGAGAGGAAUCCAACCAAUCCAGAUGUAGUCCAGUACAUUCCAAAGCCCAAGGAGAAAUGGGAUGAUAGAGAUUGCAAGAAGCACAAUCUGGACAACGUCGCCAAAGCAUCCAUCUUCAAGACACUUGAUCCCAUCACCUUCUCCAAGAUCAAGCAUCUCAAGACUGCCAUGGAGAUAUGGCAAGGUCUUGGGAAGCUGUGCGAGGGAUUAGAGGACCUGAGAAAGCAGAAGAUAGAGGUUCUGCUCGAGAAAUUCAAAAGCUUUAAAAUGCUUCCCGGAGAAUCAUUUGAUAUGCUGGAUGAAAGAUUCCACAAAAUCUUAAAUGAUCUUGCAUCACUUAACCACGUUCUUUCUCCCAAAGAAAAGAAUGUAAGGUUACUGAGAUCUCUUCCAACUGAGUGGUACACCAAAGCCACAGCCAUGGAAGAAGGAAGAAACCUGGAGAACUACACUGUCCAAGGUCUCCUUGAUGAGCUCAGAACAUAUGAGCAUGAGCUGAAGAAUAAGAAGGAAGAACAAGUCACUCCAUUUCCCACGGCACUGAUAACAACCCCAAAAGUCCCAUCAAGUUCAAGAAUGAAGAACUACGAUGAGGAAUUUGCCAUGAUGGUCAAGCAAUUCCGGAAGUUCAAGAAGUUCUUCAAGAAAGCUGACUCAGUCAGAAGGCCAUCCAAGGGAAAGCCACAGUACGGAGAAAGAGAAAGAAACGAGAAGAAGAAGAAGGCAAUGGUAGUAGCUGAAAGUGACGAGUCAUCCAGCUCAAGCUCGGAUGAAGAAGCCCUUGUCUGCACGGAGUGCAGAGCUGAGAAGUCCAACCAUGAGGAUAGGUGGACCAUGUCAGAAGAUGACACUCUCUGCCUAAUGGCCAAAGAUGAUGCUGAACAAGAGCUAACUUCACAAACCUCCUGCUCAUCUUCUUAUGAAAGCAUACCAACUUCUGAAAAUCUUUUUGACCAAUUCAAAAAGAUGAUGGAAGAUUUUGAGGAAAUAAAUCUCAAACACUCAUCCUUAACAGAGGAGAACAAGCUAUUGAGUGAAGAGAAUCUCAAGUUGACUGAAGGUCGGAAAAGUCAACUAAAUGAGAUCACUCAACUCAAGGCUGAGAAUGAAUCUCUUUCUGAAAAGGUGGAAUCCCUCAACAAGUAGCUAGGGAUACUUAAGUCCAAAGAAGCAGUGAAUAAGCUUCUUGAAACGACCAAACAUAAGGGUCGUGAAGGACUUGGGUUUGACCCCUCUAGUUCCAAAAGGAAAGGGAGAACAACUUUUAUCCCUCUUAAACCUACUGCCAAACCCAAUAAGCAGAAAGGUAAGGA